AUGUCUAUAAGUAAAGAUGCUCUCGUACCUCUCGCCAAGAGAAUGUUCGAUGGUGCUACUCACAAGCUCGAUGUAUGGUCCAUUUUCACACCCGCAAAUGUCCCACCUGAUUGUAUCAACCUCGGUCAGGGAUUCAUGAAUUGGGCUCCUCCCGAUUGGAUCCGUGAAGCCUCUCACGAGUCAAUGGAUACGAAUGCGAUGAGCCAUCAUUAUUCUCAUCCUCGUGGUCGACCGAGACUCAUACAAGCUAUCAGCAAACAUUACUCUCCUCAGUUCGAAAAUCUCGUUAAAGAAGGACGAACGUUGCAAACCGAGGAGAUAGUAGUGACCGCUGGAGCAAACUGCGGCAUGUACGCAGCACUUGUAGCUCAUCUUCAACCUGGGGACGAAGUAAUCCUCAUCGAACCAUAUUUCGAUCAAUACUUCGCUAGCAUUCACUUCCAAGGAGGUGUACCAGUCUUCGUACCUCUUCAUCCCCCUCCAGUCGAGGCCGAGCCAUCAGACGUUGCCAACGGCACUAACGGCCCCAACGGACAUCCAAAACGACAUGUUUAUUCCUCCUCCGAAUGGACAUUGGAUCUUGACGAAUUCCGUGCCGCUUUCACACCCCGAACGAAAUGCGUCAUCAUUAACACACCUCAUAAUCCCGUAGGCAAGGUGUUCAGUCGUGAGGAGCUUGAGGGGAUCGCCAAGAUUUGUGUGGAGAACAAAGUCUUGGUCCUGAGUGACGAAGUGUACGAUGUGAUGGUGUAUGAUGGGUUGGAGCAUGUUCGGAUCGCUUCGUUACCUGGGAUGUGGGAGAGAACUUUGACUGUGUGUUCAGCUGGAAAGGCUUUUGCUUGUACAGGAUGGCGUGUUGGCUGGCUCAUGGGUCCUCCUCCACUCGUAUCCGCCACUCUCGCAGCUCAUUCCCGUAUCGUAUUCUGUACAAACUCCCCUAUGCAAGAAGCCGUCGCCAUCGGACUCGAAGGUGCCAAAGAACAUAAUUUCUUCCCCAAACAAUUAGAAGAAUAUAAAGCUAGGAGACAGGUCAUCACUUCUUAUUUCGAUCAAUUGGGUUUAUCUUAUACUAUGCCAGAAGGAGGAUAUUUCGUUUUGGUAGAUAUGAGUCCUGUCAAAGUACCUGAGGGAUAUCCUAUUCCUCCGACUUGUCAGGGUAGAGGUAAAGAUUUCGAACUUUGUUGGUGGUUAUGUCAAGAGAUCAAGGUGGUGGGGAUUCCACCCAGCGAGUUCUACUGCGAAGAACAUGUGAACAUUGGGGAACGGUUCGCACGGUUCGCUUUUUGCAAAGACUUGGACCUAUUACACCAAGCUGGUAAACGUCUUCUUCGUCUUAAAGAAUUCAUGUGA